AUGGAGAGGUUCGUCCGUCGCGGCCGGGAUGGGCGGAUUUUGGAUGUGGACGAGUUCCAGGUCGCAAAAGCCCUGCUGGCCGGAGAGACGGAGCUCUUGAGCCAGGAAGUCGACGGCAAGCACCUCUUCGAUCUCUGCCUGCAAUUCGACCGCCAGAGCACUGCGGCGGCGAUGAUCUCGUAUGAGGUGCCGGGGUGCUGUUUCAAGGGUCCUCUCGGCAUGUGGCCUCCACCGACAAAGACAUGCCCUUUGCUGCGAAGCAAAGGGCAAUCCCCGAAGCCAACCAUGGCCACUGCUCAACCACCGGCACAACCUUACCUCCGAACCUGCCUGUGCCGUGGCUGGGUCACCUGUGAAAGCUGUACCUGGGGCUUUGCGGAGGAGGAAGGCUUUUGGAUGGAGGACUGGGAUGCAGAGCUUGGCGAUGCCAAAGAGGCGGCUGAAACGCGGCUGCAACGCCGGUGGUCAAAGCUGUGCUGGGGGCCUUCCGUUCCCAGGCGGCAUUUCUAG